AUGCACCUCGCAUUCUUUUGGAUAUCCAAUGAGCACAAGGAGGGAAAACAAUGUGCCUCUAAACCACAAGCUCCUCUAUCCACCCUCCUCUUCAAAACCAACCAAAUUUAACAGAGGAGUACAAACAAGAAUAGGGAGGUCAGAUAAGUGGGAAUGGCUUUGGAAACCUGUUUCCAAAUGAGCACCGUUGCUUCCACAACUACAACAGCUAGUAGAGCCAGAUUUUUGCAAGCCCACCACCACUUCUCCUGCAAGGAAAAGCAUAUUUGGCCAGCGAGCAGUGGAUUCAAGAGAGCUAUUUCAUCCCUCCCAUCAUCACCGAAUCCAUCCAUGUCGAUCCUUCCAGUUAACAACCGUUGCACUCGUUUCAUCUGUCAAGCUAAAAAUGUAGUAGAUGAAGUGUUGGUGGCGAAUGAAGCAAACUGGGACAACAUGGUCAUUGGCUGUGAGGCACCAGUGUUGGUAGAUUUUUGGGCACCUUGGUGUGGUCCAUGCCGGAUGAUUGCACCGGUGAUCGAUGAAUUGGCCAAAGACUAUGCUGGAAAGAUCGUCUGCUGCAAGGUUAACACCGACGAUUGCCCGAACAUCGCAUCCAAGUAUGGGAUUCGGAGCAUCCCAACUGUUCUACUCUUCAAGAAUGGCGAUAAGAAAGAGAGUGUCAUUGGAGCAGUGCCAAAGAGCACAUUGUGUGAUAUUAUAGACAAAUAUUUGGAAAUGUGAUUAGGUUCUUAAUUGUAUGAUCAGGUAAAUGCAGACCAUGGUUGUCAUGUUACAUCAUGGCAUUGUAUAAUUUCACAAAGUUACUGUCUGUAAGUUUCUCUUCUUUCAUUCCUUUUUCUUUUCGAUAUUUCUAAAAUCUAAAUUUUCGAAGGAAGCUUUCUGUUAAA